AUGGCACAAAAAAAAAUCAGGAUAAUUUCUUUUUUUUUUGUCUGGUGCAUCAUUAUUAAUUAUGUUAAUGCGGCAGAUUUAUCAGUUGUUGUUGCUGGAAGCGAAGCAUUUUACAAAUUCACGCCCGCUACUCUUUCAGCUUUCUUGGGUGAUAAAAUAGUCUUUAAAAAAUACGCUGCAACUAAGACUCCUCUUAUUAGGCUCGUAGAGUCAGAUUCAAAAGAUGCCUGCAUCAGGACCAAAAGGGCUGAUGCUUUUUUUGGAGAAUUACUAGAUACAACUACGACAGCGACAUUUGCACCUGCAAAAGCCGGAACAUAUUACAUAUUCGAUUUGCUUAAUACGGAUUGUAGUUCUUAUUAUAAUAAUUGGUUUACCCUUACUGUUGAUAAUGCACCAGCUAAUGCCCCUAAAGCACCUGCACAACCUACUACACAAUCUAUUUCGCAACCACCUGCACAACCUACUUCGCAGCCACCCGCGCAACCUACUUCGCAGCCACCCGCGCCACCUACCUCUAAAUCAGCCGCAUCAUCUACCUCUGAAUCACCUGCCGCUAAAUCAUCGUCCACAUCAUCUGUUUCCCAACCACCUGGAACAAAUUCUUCUACUAGCACAUCUCAAAGCAGCGCGGCUUCCACACAAAGCAGUUCAAGUGUCGAUUCUCCAAAGCCAUUAUCGACUGAAAUAAUAGUUGGGAUUGUAGGGUCGGUUACAGGUGGUAUUUUUGCUGUCAUAGCUGCAUUAAUAACGGUCAAAUAUUUAUCAGUUGUUGUAAGUGAUACAUUUUACAAAUUCUCACCCGCUGCUCUUACAGCUAUCUUGGGCGAUAAUGUAAUCUUUAAAAGAUCCGCCACAGUCAAGUCCCCUCUUAUUAGGCUCGCAGAGUCAGAUUCAAAAGAUGCCUGCCUCAGGACCAAAAGGGCUGAUGCUUUUUAUGGAGAAUUACCAGAUGCAACUACGACAGUGACAUUUACACCGGCAAAAGUCGGAACAAAUUACAUAUUCGAUUUGCUUAAUACGGAUUGUAGUCCUUAUUAUAAUAAUUGGUUUACCCUUACUGUUGAAGAUGCUCCAAAAGUAAAUGCUACUCAAUCAACAGGAUUACCUAAAGUAGGAUCUGGUAGUGCGAUUUUAGGAGCUAUAGCCAUCAUUCUUGGUAUAAUUGCCUUUAUAGUAAAGGCUAAAUAUAGUAGAAAUCGUGAAAAUUUUUACAUCUAUAACGAACAAAAUAAUACUCUGAAUGAGCAGAAUUUUAACCAGCAAAAUAAUAGUUCUGUACAGCAGCAGAAUUAUGAGCAGAAUUACAAUCAACAGAAUUAUAAUCAGCAGAAUUAUAAUCAACAGAAGUCUCUGCAGCAGUCAUACGAGCAUAAUAAUAUCCAGGCACCGGCACCACCAUAUAAUGAGCAGGGAUAUAAUAACAAUGCCGUUGCUCACUAUAAUGCGAAUUAUGAAAAACGCAUAUAG